GGGCCGGCUACUGCGGCGGCUGCUGGGCUGGAUCGGGCGGUUCGCCGCGGGCUGCCCCGGAGCGGCGGCGCGGGCGGGCGGGCGGCUGGGCUGUUUCUCGUCGCCGCCUCCACCCCACCACCCCCCCGCACCUUGUCCGGCACUGACCGCGGCGCGGAGCCGCGUCCCCCGGCGCUCGGGGCCGCCGCUGCCGGGCGGGCGGAGCGGGGCCGCCCCCGGUGGCGGUUCGGCGGGCGGGGCCGGCCGCCGCCUCCUCGCACAAAGCCGUGUGCCCGGGCGGAGCUAACUGCUGGCAGCGCACCGGCAUCGCCGCACCGGUCCCGGCCGCGGUCACCGCCCCGCUGGGCGGCAGUGAUGUGAGGGGGGCAUGGCCGCGGGGCAUGGCCGGCGGGCAGCGGCGGGGCGGGCGGCGGCGGGCGCUCAGCGCCGCCGGUGAAAAUGGAGCCGCAUCCGCCGGCCGUCGGGCCCGAGCCCCCGCUCCCCCGGGGGCCGCGGCGGGACGGGCCCGAGCCGGAGCCGGAACCGGGUCUCUGGGCACCUGAGCCCGCCCCGGGGCCGCCGCCCUGGUCCCCACUGGAGCAGGGGGACUGCCCGACCCUGGGGGGCCCCGCCGAGCCCCCGGGCCGGCCCGAGGAGGAGCCGCGUCUCCGCCCCGUCUUCGACGCGCUGGACCGGGACGGCGACGGCUUCGUGCGGGUGGAGGAGUUCGUCCAGUUCGCCACGGCCUACGGCGCCGAGCAGGUAAAGGACCUAACAAAGUACCUCGAUCCAAGUGGACUUGGAGUCAUCAGCUUCGAAGAUUUCCAUCGAGGGAUCAGAGCUAUCAAAAAUGGAGAUCCUGACAGCCAGUUGUAUGAUAUGGGAUAUACCCCUGAGGAGGAAGCCCCGGCCUGUCCUGAUGAGUUUGAUGACUUUGUCACGUUUGAGGCAAAUGAGGUGACUGACAGUGCGUACAUGGGCUCAGAGAGCACGUACAGCGAGUGCGAAACCUUCACGGAUGAAGACACCAGCACACUAGUACAUCACGAGAUGCACGACGAGGUAGAAACAGACAGUGCCAUCGACUCCACUGUGCACUCGGAGUUCACGGAUCCCAUCGAGGAGCCGGAGCAUGGAUCCCAUCCGCACGACCUGCCCCUGGGCUCGGAACUCAGCCACUCCAUCGUUACGGUCAUUAGCAGAGAGGAGCAUUUUGAGGAUUAUGGAGAAGGGAAUGAAGCAGAUUUGUUCUCGGACAGCUUGUGUAAUGGGGAAAGCAGCUUUAACAGCUCCUCGUUCCUCUCUCCCAGCACCAAUCCGCUCGCUGCGAAACUGCACAGCAUUAUCGCAGAUGAAGCAUUUGAGUUUUACUGUAGCCAGUGCCACAAACAAAUCAACCGCCUUGAGGAUCUUUCCGCUCGCCUGAAUGAUCUUGAAAUGAAUAGUCCAAAUAAAAGACUCUCAAGCAAGAAGGUGGCAAGACAGUUGCAUCAGACGAGCACGCUGUCCGUGGGGGUGAUGGAGGAGUCCUACCGCGACACGCUGGAGUGUACAGAAGAGGACAUCACAGACAAGGUGGUCUUCCUGGAGAAGCGGGUGACGGAGCUGGAGAAGGACACGGCUGCCAACGGCGAGCAGCACAGCCGCCUCAAGCAGGAAAACCUGCAGCUCGUGCACAGAGCAAAUGCUCUCGAGGAACAGCUGAAGGAGCAGGAGCUGAGAGCUGACCAAACACUCCUGGAGGAGAUCAAGAAGCAGAGGGAGCUGCUGAGUAAAAUGGAGAGGGAGAAGAGCAUCGAGAUUGAGAACCUGCAGGCCAGGCUGCAGCAACUGGACGAUGAGAACAGCGAGCUGAGAUCCUGUGUCCCUUGUUUAAAAGCUAACAUUGAAAGACUUGAGGAGGAGAAGCAGAAGCUGCUGGAUGAGAUUGAAGACCUCACUGUGCAGCUCACAGAGGAGCAGGAGAAAAAGAGGAAGAUGGGGGACAAGCUGAGUCAGGAGAGGCACCAGUUUCAGAAGGAGAAGGAGUCAACUCAGGAGCUCAUUGAGGACCUCAGGAAGCAGCUCGAGCACUUGCAGCUCUUCAAACUGGAAGCAGAGCAACGAAGAGGGAGGAGCAGCAGCAUGGGGCUCCAGGAGUACAACAGCAGGACACGUGAGACGGAGCUGGAGCAAGAGAUCAAGCAGCUCAAGCAGGAUAACAGGAACCUGAAGGAGCAGAACGAUGAACUGAACGGACAGAUCAUUAACUUGAGCAUCCAGGGAGCCAAGAACCUCUUCUCAGCCUCCUUCUCUGAAUCCCUGGCAGCAGAGAUCAGCUCAGUCUCCAGAGACGAGCUCAUGGAAGCAAUUCAAAAGCAAGAGGAGAUCAACUUCCGCCUGCAGGAUUACAUCGACAGGAUCAUCGUGGCCAUCAUGGAGACGAACCCCUCCAUCCUGGAAGUGAAGUAAGGGUGGCCGAGAGCUGCCGGCUGCGCACUUGUCGAUGGGUGUGGAUUUGGUGCUCUGAGAGGAUAAAGAGGGACUCGAAAUGUCUUUGCUCUUGAUGAAGGCACAAGGAAGCAUCGCGCCGGGUCAGUGGGUGAAUUAGCCAGCGGGCCAAGGAAAAAGAAGACCAGCAGCAAGGCUUUGUUGUCUGACUCCGUUAUUUUGAAAUCCUUCUGGCCUCAAGGGGUGAAAGGGAACCUGGAGAGGAAACACAGGCAAUGGACAGCUGGAGGAAGCUACCCGUGAAGCUGGGAACUGUCCCGACAGCAGCGUCAGACCCUCUGGCGUGUGAGCUGCCACCACGAGGGCUGUAAGGAGAGGGUUUCUGCGAACUGCGGGGUAACAGGAUGGAGAAGGAAGCAGCGGUGCUGACGUUUUCCCUUGCUGCCCUGUCCAGCCCAAGUAUCUGCUUUGCCAAAGUGUCCCUGACACACUCACUCACUGGGGCAGAUCUGGGAAAGAGGGAAACAUGUCCCGGACUUGUAGAGGUGUUUUUGUUUGGUUGGUUCAUUUUUGUUUUUUUUUAAUUAACUUAAUGCAAAUGUCCUCAUUCAGCUGGCGCAGUUAAUCCUUGCCCUGCCGCUUCUGCUCAGGCAGGGGCUGUGUGCAGAUUGCUAGCUGGCUCCUCUCUCGCUUGCCGGUGGCAGAAACAGGCAGGGGAGUGGCCGUUUUUGGGACAGGGCGUAAGCGCACUUUGUCACCUGUCUCCUUAUUUAUUUUUGCUGUCCGUGGCUCACUACCGUCGGCACGCCUUGGUGUUCACGGCUCCACUGCCCUCCUCCCUGCUCCCAGCUCUUCUGCUGGCUGCCCUGGGGUGGCUCUGGGAGGAGAGGUCCCCUCCGCCCCAGCCGCAGGCACAUGGGUGCUGCCUGCCCAGCCUGCGGGGACUGGGGGAAAAGCUGCAACUCUUCAACUUGCACUGGAGGCUGGUCCUGGCCGCCUCUCCCUGGCCAAGCGUGGCUCACCUGGCCUGGCAUGGGGACAAGGGCGGUCUGGGAGCUGCAGCGGAGAGGGCUGAGCUCUCCACAUUGCCUCCCGAGGUCCCUGGCCUGGGGACAGUGGCCUGUGCCAUUCCCACCCGGAGCGGGGCUCUGCUGGUGAUAGCUGCAGCCCUGGAGGGAGAGCCCGCUCUGGCCGCCUUUCCCUGCUGUUUCCCUGUGCUGGGGCAGGGGAUGGAGCAGCCGCUCUCAUUUCUCAGACCCCGGCAGCAGCAUGGGUUUAAUAUCCGUGCCGCUGGGGAGAGGAGACCAGCGAAUACAACAGCAGCUCCCUGGGAAACAAAAGCCAUGUUUACAUCAGACAGCUUUUGGCUUGCUGGUACAAGCGGCCGUGGCGUAGCGUGAUCCCGGGGAGCAGCCACGUUAACCAACCUGCUCCUCUCCGGCUCCCGGGAGGAGACAGCCAGCGGACUCCCAAGGAUCCAGCUUCAUUUCGUAUGUCGGGCCCCAAAAAGCGGUUCUUUUUCCUGCUUGUCAGGUUUUAGAAAUGCCAGAGUGGCCCGAAAACAGAAGCCGCAGCGAUCCCUUGGCCGCCGGCGGGGGGGUGCCUGCUCCUCCCCAAAACGCUUCCACGCACACGGCACAUCUCUCUUCCCACACUGGCGCGGCGGCGGAGCAGCCAGCUCGCCGGGAGGGUGCCGCUGCCCGGGAGAGGUGGCAGCUGCCACAGCCUUAGUCCCCGUUGGGUGGGCUCCAGUGGCUCGCAGGUCCGCUGCUGGCCCCGGGGGAAUCGGCCGAGCCGCCGCCACCGGGACCUUCCCUCUUCCACCCUCUCUUUAAACACAUCGCCUCUGGGUGCUCGACCCCCCGUGGCCUUGUGCAAGGUGCAGUGGGGCAGGGGCGAGCCCCCCAAAAACCUUGGGCGAGGGGGGCACCCAGCGCUCCCACACCCCCUCCCGUACACCCAGCCCUCCCCAGCAUCCACUCCCCUCCCUGCCCCAAGUCCGCGGGAAGAAGCCACGUAAUGUACAUUUCCAGAGAAGCUUUGGGUGUAAAUCAGUGUAUACUUGGAGAGGGAAAAUUUUUCUAUCUUGUAGAGUAGGUAUUUUUAUAGAAUGAAGGUUGAUCAUUUUUUUAAUACUUUAAAGAAGAGAGAAAUGUAUCUGUGUAUACACAAAAGCAUAUAUAUAUAUAUGUAUAAAUAUAUAAAUAUCGGAGAUCUGCCUUUCUCAACUUGGGAUCAUGGAUCCCCAGUUCUCAAACAAUCGUCUUUUUUCCUGUCGCUCACAAAGAGGUACUGUAACUGUAAAUAAGCACCGGGAAAAAGUUUUAAGCAAACAAAGCACUGACUUGCACAUUCACCAUGCUUUAAAGUCCCUAUGGAAAAGAAAAAAAAAAAAACACCCUGAAAACUAUACUUCCCGAAAAUGUUCCUCUUUCCCCACCGGUAUGUGAAGGAAGUCCCAAAAAAAGAGGCAAAAACAGUAUUGUCUUAAAUGAUGUAUCAAUUCUUGUCAUAUUAAAAGCUGUUACUAUUCCUGC